UGGUUUGAAACUUUGAAUUUUGAAAAUGGUGGUCGUUAGCGUUAUCUUGUUGAUGUGAUUGCUGUUAGAGUUUGCGAUAUUAUAUUAGCAAUAAACCUUAAAUCUACGGUUACGUUCGAGUGAAGUGUUUUACAAUUACAAAUGCAUUGAGUGUUAGCUCAUUAAGAUGGCUUCCGUUCCACGGGCUGUAACGAUGUACAAGAAGCAAACAAUUACGAUAUUACGUUUAUUACACAGAUCGCAGCCCAUGAUAACGAAAAUAUCGCAUUUAAUAUUCGAAGAGAAUGGUAUGGAGAAACCUACACAGAACUUAUUUUACAAUAUAUCUUAUUAUUUGUUGUUUUUGAUCGAUCCUCAAGUUCACGCAUCGCUUACAUGGCCAUUGUACGAUACGAAAGUUGAAAAGGCGUUUAGAAGUCAAUUAUCUGCAUUUAUAAGUGAUUACGCCGCUAAAGGAGUCCUAACCGAUGUGCGGUCGUCGUAUUUGGUCCAUCCAAAUUGUUUUAAAAUAUCUGUGUUGAUUCACCAACUGUCAGUAUUAGCAUUGAAGCGAAUGCUCCUUGAAAAAAUCAAAAACUCUGAAAAACAGGUUCUAUUCAAUGAAAUAACAGAUAAAUAUAAUAAAAGAAGCGACAAUGAAAGCUUUCUCGAACACAUGAGCAAUUUAGACUAUGAAAAUAAAGUAUUUGUUAAGUUAUCAGAAUUUCUGUGUAAGAAACAACGCAAUGAGAAAAUAGCUGCAAUGUUAUGUAUGAAAAUAACUAAAUGUGAGGCAAAGUUGAAGAGUUUAAACGCUCAGGGGUAUAUAGAUAAAUUAGUCAAUGGUUUUUUAUCAAAACACAAUUUGGACGAUAUGUUAAAAAGUGAGAUAUUGAAAAUUAAAAAUGUUAAAGAACCGGCACCAAUAUUUGAUGAACGGUUACAAGAAGUUGAUAAACAGCUGGACGUUAUCGAACAUGGGUGGGACAGUAAAGUGUUGCUGUUGUUAGAUAAAUGUAGAAGUAUGCGUCAGUUGUCAGAAGAGAUAAUAAAGAGGCACACUGGUCAAGUUCAGAAGAGUUGUUAUAUGCUAGAGUACGAUCCAAUAAAUGAUGUUAUUUGUACAGAUGAUCUUCAGACUCAGGUGAACACAGAUCAGAAAUAUGUUUUGAAAAAUUUAAUAAUCAACGGAAGACUGAAUUUACCAAAUUUAAUACGUGCAUAUCUAAUAAGUGUAUGUUUUAUAUUGAAAAAUAAUACAUUCGGAGAUGAGAUAUAUGAGUUUAACAAUCACAUAGGAGCCAGAGUGCAGGAGUAUGAUGAAGUAUUGUCAGCUAUGAAAGCACUGGUGGAAAAAGUUCGUGAUGCUGAAAAGAAAUUGCAGCCUACACCUUCCUACGACAUCCAAUCAGUGUCUCUAGAAGAAGAUUUGGUAAUACCUCCUUUACCAGAUCUGUUUGGCAUCAAAAUGAAUCAAAACCAAUAUCACAUAAAUUUUGAUACUUUCACACCGUUGCAUCUUUCCAAACAUCGAUUCAACCUACAUAAACGAGAUGUAGUGUUCACUAAACCACAACCUAGAUCUAUGCUAACGUACCAUGCUCCGAAAGAUGAUUUCCUAAAAACACUCAUGGCAUCUAGAGCUAGUACGUAUGAUCAAGCAAAUAUGAGUCAUAUGUCCAACUUUUCUAUGAUAUCAAAUAUUAAAGCAAACGAAACUAUCGCUGAAUGCUCAUCCGGUUUCACCAAGCAACAAAUAACAAGACUUUUGUCAACUAACAAAAAAAGUAGUCACAAAAAGCUUAAAAAACAGGACAGUCACAAUGAAGUGAGUUUUAAAAGAUGUGGCUUGUUCAAAGAAUCUUUACUUUCAAAUGACAGUCAUGGCUUAGUAAGAAGUUAUUCAUCACCAAACUUGUUGGAAAACAGAGAAAGCAGAAUACCUAUUUCGAAAAUACGCCAACGGAAAUUAUCUAUCAUGCAAGAAGAUAGCCCAUUAGAUGUAUCUGGUGUAACAAGCUUAGAUAACUUCAAUACGCCCCCUGGAUCAAAUAAAUUUGGAAAUUCCAGAAAUACCCUCAGUUAUGCAAAAAUCAGCGAUGAAGUCAAAAACAGACUGGACGUUAUUCAAAAUGAAUUUGAAAGUGCCAUUUCACCUAUUUUGGAACAAGAAACUCACUUUUCUAAUGCUGCAAUGCAAGAAUCUCGUUUACCUAAACCAAUAACAAAAGGAGUACCAAUAAUUACUCUUACGACUACACAAAAACAAGAAUCUUACUUUUCUAAAACACUCAAGGAUAGAGAAUUACAAGAAUCUCAUUCAUUGAAUACUAUAACAAAAGAUUUGUCAAGGAUCAGCAUAUCCCCUGUUAAUUUGCAAGAAUCUCAUUCGAAGACUGUAACGCCUAAGACGAACAGUGCACUCAUAAAAAAGACUAGUUCUUUAGAGAAAAUCAUAAAUCGUUUUAAACAGAUACGUUCAAAUACAUUACAUAAAGAUGAGGAUAUACAAACUAUAGAUGAAGAAAAAGAAAAUUUCAAUACAAACAACGCUUUUCCUGCGAACAGGAAUUUAUUACCUGACCUUUUGAGCCCUAAUGUUAAUUGUUUAAGGUCUAAUAGUGAUGUGAGUUAUGUUGAUGCAGUAGAUUUUGAUAUGGACGAUGUGGUGCACAGAAUUCCUAGGGUCAGUUUGGGUACUAUGCUGGGCGUAGAUCAUACUUUUCUAGAUCAAUUUGAUUUGAUAGACUGAUACUUUUGUAAUGUGUAAAUAAUAUAUCUUCUGUAUGUAAUGGAAACCCCUAUUGUUUUGCAUUUUGUUUUAUUAUAAAAACCAUAAAUGCAUAACCUUCAUUUGACAUUCAAAACCGUGUAACUAAAAUUUUCUCUAGAAAAAAAAUAGUUUAAUUGCAAACUAUCGUAUUUGUGUGAAAUUCCAUUUUUCCUUUUAACUUUUUUUACUUUCGGUCGAAACAUAGCUUGAUUCUUUUUUUUUAUUCUUUACAAGUUAGCCUUUGAUUCUUUCGAUAAAUUUCAUGAAUAUUGUUGUUUUUUUCAUUCUAGAUAUAACUAUAAGAUACAAUUUCAUUUUUCAGGAUUACUUGAAAUCUUUUUCGGAAAACGAAAAUGGAUUUUUCGUGUUCUCUACUUUCUAGGUCUUAUCUAGGUCUAUUGUCCUAAUUAAAUUAUUUAAAAUCUGAACACUCGUUUUGCUGAUUUCUACAGUUUCUAGUUUGUGUUGUAUAAUUUAAUAUUAGAUUAUCAAUUUUAUGCAGUUGUCUGGUUAUAUUUUAGAUUUAAAAAGCGAAUUUUAAUAUACUAAAAAUGUAAUCUUUUUUGUACAAUUUUUCACUUACGUAGUUUUGCAUGCGAAAUAAUUAUCGCAAUAUUUAUAAAUAUAAAUGAUAUUAUGUUCGUUUGUCUAUACAUUUAAUUUCCAACCCAGUUAUCAAUUUUUUAGACUUUGUGCUACCGUCGCCCCCUCUAAUGUCGUACCCCACUCCCCUGUACCUUGCGCGGCCGAGGAUUCGGUUAUGUAGUUCGCCUAUAUUCGGUAUCCCUCAGACCAAUUAUUGUAUAGGACCUGCCUCGCUAAACGUUACUUUUCUGUCAAAGUAUAUGAUCAACGAUCUAAUGCGAUUAUAAAAA